AUGGCGGACUUCACAGCCUGGGUAGAGCAGAACAAAGCGCUGUGGUCGCGUGUCUACGAUGAGGUCAUCCAGCCGAGUCUCGACAAAGAGUGGAACAAGAGAGAAGAGAGACAUCAAAACCAAUUAAAAGAAAAGGAAAAGAACCAUGAGGCACUACUGGAACAUUUGAACAAUGAGAUUUCCAACUCGGCGCGUCUUUCUAAUGAAAACGCUCAAUUGAGAGACCAAGCCCAGACUAAAAUUACUAUCCAAGGAGAGAAAGGGACUACUGCACAAAGUAUUUCAACGGAAGAGCACCGUCGCCUAGUCGAAGAGAAUGAGCAAUUGAAACAACAACUUGCCAGACGCAAUGCAGAAGUUGUCUCAUCGGCAUCAGUUGGGAGUAAAGCAACCAAAGAUGUCGGGACGACAACCACAGACGAUCAAUAUCUUGACCUUGUUCAAAAGUUCAGCGAACUGAGUAAGAAGUAUAGCGAUGCCACUCAGCAGGUGAAGUAUCUGCAGAGGAAGAAUGCUACAGUUAUGCAAAAGAACAAAGACAUGAAAGAGAGCGUGCGCGCAUGGCAAGAGUAUGCGGAUCGGCAAUCGGGGAAGCGGAAACCUAAGUUGCAAAGUCGAGUCGAGGAAGCAAGGCUGCGAUCACCUACAAGCCAUGUUUCUCCAGGGGAUGAACCCAAUAUCCCUUCAAGUCCGCGGACUUUGGCUACACUCAGGCUGUCCCCAGCUCUCACUGACUCAGGGCGUUCCUCUCCUGCUGCCAUGGCCCCCCAUGCCGCCGAAGGGACUGCACAUCAGUCGACGACGACAUUGGAUUCGGUUUCGGGCGAACGAGAUCCAUCUGAAAAUGCAGACAUCACACCAAGGCCACGGUCUCGCAUCGGUGGUUCGAAACUAUCAAAACUCCAAUUGAUAACUUCAGAUCAUGGCAGCCAUCAGCAAGGUCAUCCAAGUUCGAGUCAGACAACAGUGGACGAACGCAAUGAAUCAAUGACUCGGCAUGAACAGAUAGUAGGCGUAGAAGGUGAAGAUGACGACAUGCCGGAGUUUGUAUCAGAGAGAUCACUGAAACGCAAACGUGGAGAACCCACCACUUCUAGGUUUGAGGUUUACGCAGACCGGUUAUCGGAUGGCACACCGGUCAGGCCGUACCGUGUGAAAGAAGAACAAGGCAGCAGCCCUCCGGUCUCUGCAUACAAGCUACUUCAUCACGAGGCGACGAUGGACCUGGAUGAUCCUGCAUCCAACUUGCUACAGACACCUCGUCAUAAUCGAAGGCGACUAUCAAUCCCUACCACUAGCACAGAGACACCUCGACGGCGCAGAUGCAACAGCGCGCCAUCAACACAAGAGGUCAAAUCAGAAAAUGGAGCAGACCAGGUCCUUGUGCCAAAUAAUCCCAUAAGGCUGACCACAGAAUCUCUUAUGCUUUCAGAGGUCACCAGCGCGGAGACCCGAGCCUUUAGUGAGCCCAUGGAGCCAACCCAGGUGGAGACCAAUGUCCUAAAAUCUAUCGAUCCAAAUAUAGUGAACAGUGUUUCUGAGGAGCCACCGAACAAACGCUCAAGGAACACGGGGUCCCGGUAUCAACAGAAGCAUGAAUACUUAUUGGAGUCUAAUGAAGCACCGCCCUUGCUAGAUAAUGAGCUACGACUAUCACCGAACUCAGCUCGGGCGCGGAUGAACCAGAGGCUUAGAGAUUUGAAAGAUCUCCAAACGCCUUCCAAAGCACCAUCAAAGACCCUACAGACAAGCCCAAUUAAGGUCAAGACUGAGCAGUCUUCUUUCCCAUCAAGCUCGUCCCGCACCACGCAUACCCCCGGUCUUGAGAAGAAAUCAUCCAAGCCAGCAUCCAAACGUCGUUCGGAUUCACGUGAAUAUCCAACACCGGAUCGGCCAAUCUGGACAAUGAAGCCGCCAGAGACACGCUCAAGUACUCGCAAAAAACGUGGUUCGUCAUCCAAAGAACAAAUCCCUCUACGAGAAAAACGGGUCACAGAACUUAGUAUUCAAGACUUUAAGCCAAAUCCGGCUUACAAUCAGGGCUACAGCUAUGCGUUCUCUGAAACUGUUCGUAAGCGUGGAGAUCGCAUGUGUCUCCCUGGCUGUACCAACCCACAAUGUUGUGGCUCCACUUUCCGAACCUUUGCAGCGGCUCAAGCACCUCUUAAUGCAUCACAAGAGGAGGCUUUAUUGGAAGACUACCUUGGCGAGGCUUACAGCAAAUCGCAGUUGACACAAAUGUCAUCCGAGGAACGACAGGAGCUAGUGCUACAAGCACGAACCAGGAAAAUGGCGAAAGAAUCAGGGAAGCAUCGUGAAGCCUACCAGAGACGAAGGACACCGCCAGGCUUCUGGAGGGUGGAUUUUCCAACAACCCAAGAACGGGAGGAAGACCGGGCGCGUGCAAAAGAACAAGAGAGAUCGGAAAUACACGAACGGUGGAUUGAGGCCAAUAGAAGGGGCGGCAAAUGGAUUUUUAGAGAUGAGUAA